AAAAAAAAAAAACAAUUUAUUUUUUUAUAUAUAUUUUUAAUUUUGACACUGAUUCGAUCGCUUUAUCUUCGCUUCCCGGUCUGAAAAAUCCAAUUCUAGAGGGAGAAACAAAAAAGAAAGAAAAGAUUUUAGAGAGAGUGAGUGAAAAUUCACACCGUCGUUUUAAGUUAAACUUUCCCGUCGUUUUGAAACUUUCUCCUUCUCUGUCUAAUUAAGCUUAGCUUCGUUAAUUACAGUUAAUUUGUUUUAUUUAAAAGAAAAGAGGAAUUGCCGUUUCUUAGCUUCUGUUGAAGAACCCUAAAGAAAUGAUCUUGUGGCUCAGAUCAAAAGCUUAAGUUCCUCUUGCACUCUUUGUUGUCUGAAGCUUUUUUUUUUGUUGGAUGAUAUCUUGCAGAGUGGAGUAGUGGCAAUUUGGGGAGAUUUUCCGGUAGAAUAAAGUGGCUUUGAGCUGUGAUGAUCUUAUAAUAUGGAUACACUUAUAUUGUGCAAAACCAUAUAGCUAUAAAACCGUGGUUUGUGGAUUUUUAAUGCCUGGUAACGAGGUUGAAGACGGGAUCCACAGUCUAUUGGAGCUAGACAACUCUCUCCUGGGCCAGUAUCUGCCGCAAGCUGUGGAUGGAAAUUGGCCAGUGCUUAACUAUAAUCCGUGGAUUGGAAAGCUGAGGCAGAUUGGCGCACCCCAGAAUUUCAAUUUGAAAAGCUACAAUUUGCAACAAUUAGAUUCCGUGAGAGGAUGUGGUGGUGAGGUGUUGAGUGUGCCACACAAUCAAAACUAUACACAAUUGUCUCCUACACUUGACUAUUCCCAAAUUCUUUCCAGAAACCACCAACUAAAUACAAAUGACUUCUGGCUUGGUUGUCAGAGUUUUGGGAUACAACAGAAUCAACCAGGGUUUUUGUGUGAAAAUACAGGUUAUGAUCAGUAUAAUUUGAUUUCCAGAGGCUCUUCUAUCUUUAAAUCACAUCAAGAAAAUGAGUCUUGUGAGAGUCCCACCCUGACAACAAAUUCGGAAAGAUCAGAAAUUACUGAAGCUUCUACUGAUUUAAACAUUCUUAAAGGGCAACAACAACUUUUGAACACGCCACAACUGAGUAUUCAGCAGCCUCUCCCCAUGCAGCAGUCUGGCUAUAAUGACAUGCAGUUGUUGCAGCAGCACAUAAUGAUCAAGCAGCUGCAAGAUCUUCAGAGACAACAGAAACUUCAGCAGUUUGGUGAUGGGAGGCAGCAGAAUACUUUAAACCAACUUUCUGCUAUCGCCAAACAGUCUGCUGCUGGUCAGUUCUCUCCUCUCAUUAAUGGAACACCUGUUCAUGAAUCAUCACAAAUGUUUAUGAACAUUGUCCAGCAAGGUACAUCUCCCACUACUCCCGGAGUAUCUAACAAAGUUGUAUUCCCACAAGAUCAAGGUCAGGCUUUCCAUUUGAUGGGCCUAAGUUCUCAGCAGCCUGAUGCAUCUUUAUAUGGUACUCCUGUUGCUAGUGCAAGAAGUAACAUGAGUCAAUAUUCUCAGCAAGGAAUCUCUAGUGACGCUGUUAAUUUGUUAACCAAGGCUGGUGGUCAAGCACAUAAGCUUACUAUGCAGUCAUCAGGUGCAUUCUUAAGAGAUCAGUUCACUGUUUCACCAGAUCAGGUCUACAUGUCACAAGGUGCCUUAAUAUCAAACCCAGGAUUUCAGGGGAAAGAUAUUUUUGGACAAGCUUCUGUCCAGAGCAUAAAUAAUGGGAAUAUGUCAGGAAGCUUCCCGGCUGGGAAUGCUGCACAUAUCAAUGCAUCUGCCAAAGACUUAAAUGAAAAGCAAGAGCGAGCUGGUUGGCCUGCAAUGCAGCAGAAAACUAGUCAAAUUGGCCCCUCUCAGGAUUUGGUUCCUUUAGAUCCAAUGGAAGAGAAGUUAUUAUAUAACAUGGAUGACAACUUCUGGGAUGCCUCCUUAGGCAGGCGCACUGAUUUAGGUGCUGGAAGUUUCAGCAAUGCAUUGGAGAACUCAGAUUUUUCGAAUGCAUUUCCAUCUAUUCAAAGUGGGAGCUGGAGUGCUCUAGUGCAGUCUGCUGUGGCUGAGGCUUCUAGCAGUGAUACUGGGUUACAGGAGGAGUGGAGUGGAUCGACAUUUCAGAAUACUGAACAGUCAACUGAUAAUCAGCUUUCAAACUUUGUGGACAGUGAUAAGCAACAGGCAGGUUGGAUUGAUGGCAACCUGGAAAAUGCUUCCUGCUUUAGUUCAAAGCCCAUGCCCAUGUUCAAUGAUUCGGGUGUUAACUCUAGCUUCCCUGGUUUUCAGCAGCCUGCCACCCAAUUUUCGACUGAACUUGGAGAGAAUCUACCCCAUGAUGUAUCACAUGGGUCUUCUGAAAGGAAGUCCCCCAAAGUCCCUUCUGAGUGGGUAGAUUGUGGCACUCAACAGAAGCAAUCCUGUGAGGGAGAUCUACAAGCUCAGUCAUAUACGCAUUUAGAUAAUGCUUGGGUAGGUCAGAUGUACAAGCACUCAGACUGUGGUGCUCAUCAGCAGAGUGCUACCUCACUUGAGGAUUUUGGCCAGCCGUAUACUAAACAUAAAGGUAGCGCUAAUGAUGGUUGUUUGUCGAAGACAUCAACUGGAGGAAUGGAGCAAGUACAAUCUGGCACUGAAAAUAAUCUGUUCAGCAGAAAAGAUUCACAGAUAAAUAAUAACCAUUCAACUGGUCAACAAGUCAUAAAUAAUAAUAGAUCUAAUUACAUGAGACAUGCUGAUAUCUCUGCCACCAAGGAAAGUGAGAGCAAAGGGCAAAAACAGCAUCAGAUAAGCAAUAGGCCUCAUGGUUUUGCUAACUCUUUUGAAGGAGAAGGUGAAAUAGACGUAAAUCGACAAAAAAGCUACCGAAGGCAGGCUUCCAAUAACCACUAUAAUUCAAAAGGAUUGAGUGAUCAUGACCAAGGACAUUCUGGUCAGUUCAAGUUUCUUGCUGAUGUUUCUAGUGGCAGUCCCAACUUCAAUGAGGUGCGCUCACCUUUGGAAGAGGUAACUUCUGGGGAUGAUAUCAAAUUAGUUGGCCCUGAUGGAUCAAAAAUUUCUGCUCAGACAAGUCAAAAUAUGCUUGAGCUACUUCACAAAGUUAACCUUCCAAGGGAAUUUGGUGCCAUUGCACAUUCUGGCUUUAUAGACUCUAAUGCAUUGUCCAAAGUUCCUGAGGCAGAAGCUCAUAUAUCCGUUGCUCAACUAUACAAUUCAUCUUCCGCUUCUCAAGGGUUUGGUUUAAGGUUGGCCCUCCCAUCCCAACAGCUGCCAAAUUCAAAGUUUUUCCUCAAUUCUCAGGGUUCUCCACAGACUCUAAGUUAUCUAAAAUCAGGGCAGGCCAAUCAAACUUGGACAGCUACCACAUAUUCCGUUCAAUCUUUGUCUCCAGCACAUGAUUUGUCUCAAAAAGUACAUUUGGAUGGUAAAUCCAGUAUGUCCGGACAAACAGGUGUCUCGCCAUACUCAAACAUGCAGGGGGGUGCUGUUGCAGCCUUUGCUUUCAGUCUUCCAGAUCUGAGAAAUCAAACACAAAUGCAAAACAUGCCUAAUUCACCUGUAGCAUCUCAAUCAAUACAGUCGACACUUUCAAGUACUAAUAGGAAUCCCCCUUUUAACCUUGCUACCUCUCAAGAUACUUCUCAGCAGAUUUAUGCCAAUCAUUUUGGUCAACAGUUUCCGGUUUUGGAGGCUUCACAGGUAUCUCAGCCUUCUAUCAUGUCAGGCAUGUCAAGGCAGGGUGAAUUUUCUGCAAUGCAAAAUGCACAGUCAACUCUACCAACUCAGCAGAAUCUUUCUUUUUUAGAACCUCUCAAGGUUCCUGCCAGCUUGCCUCUGUCCAUGGAUCCCACAGAUAGUAGUAUAAACUCCCAUAAAGGUGAUUAUGGGGAAUUGCAGACAGGAAAAGAGAGGUAUCUGCAGCAAAUGUCUUCUGAUAUGACAGAUUCUUCCCAGCCAGCUAGUUUCUAUCAAGAAGAACCUUCACAAAAGCAUUGCUUAAAUGUAAUUGCAAUGCCUUCUUCCUCCUUGUCUCAUUCUAAUCAGGAGGACCAAGCCCCUAUUACUUCUGAGAAAAACUUUGCACCUGGUGCCCAUUCUUUGAAACCAUUUAACAGUCUCCAGCAAAAUUACUCCCUGUUGCACCAAAUACAAGCAAUAAAAACUGCUGGGACUGAUCCAAGUAAGAGUACUGAUGACACUCAGCAGGUUGCUUCGGUGGUAGGACGGCAGUUGCAUGAACAUAAUUCAAGGUUGAGAAAUUCAAUGGAUAGUGGACCAAGUUUAGCUGCAGAGGAUAACAAAACACUAAGCUUCUUCACAGGUUCAAGAGAAGAUCCAACUAUAAAAGCUUUGUCACAGACUGCUCUCGGACAUAUGCCUUCCACUGAGAUGGUCAGAUUUGGUCAAAAUAGUUCUCAGAGCCAACCUACUAGCAGUUCUUAUGUAACUAAUCAUACAAAUCAUGGCCAGGGUAACCUGCAUAUGGCACCCUCUUGGUUUAAGCAGUCUGGGACCUUCAGAAAUGGGCAGAUGCUUUCAGUGUCUGAUGCCAGGAUUACAAAAUCUGUCUCUGGACAGUUCUCUCUCUUGAAGCCUACUCAGAAUCUGCAUAUUCAUGCCUCUGUUGGACAAGUAGAUGCUGUGGGGGCUAGUCAAGCUGCUAUUUCCAGGCCAAGCUCAGCUACCACCUUGGUGGCAAAUGAACACUCUUCAGCUCCCUAUGUGUUGCCGUCAGGCAUCAACAAUCAAAAUAUUGUUAUCACAAGACCAAAGAAGCGCAAAGCUAUGACAUCUGAGCUUCUCCCAUGGUGCAAAGAAGUGUCACAAGGUUCCAGAAAACCUCAAAAUAUCAGUGUAUCAGAACAAGAGUGGGCUGAGGCCACAAAUCAGUUAUGUGGGAAGCAGGUGGAAGAUGAGGUCGAAAUACUUGAAGAUGUGCAUCCGAUGCUUCGAUCAAAGAGGAGGCUUGUCUUGACAACACAGCUUAUGCAGCUAUUGCUUCCUCCUGCACCGGCAUCAAUUCUCAGAGCAGAUGCCACCUCAAACUAUGAUAGUGUGUCAUACUUUGUUUCUAGAGUAGCCCUAGGUGAUGCAUGCAGCCUUUCCUGUGGUGUAAGAAAUAAUAUGGAGCUCUCCUUUGAAAACAGUGACAUGAUCUCUGAGAAGUUGAAAACUUUUGAGAAAAGUGAUGACCAGAAAAUUUUGGAAGUCAUGGAAGAUUUUACAGAUAGAGCUAAGAAGCUAGAAAACAAUUUCCAAAGAUUGGACAAGAAAGUGUCAGUUCUAGACAUCAGGCUGGAAUGCCCGGAGCUGGAACGUUUUUCUGUCAUCAACCGUUUUGCCAGAUUUCAUAUCCGAGGACAAGGAGAUACCUCUGGAGCUGCAUCAUCCUUUGCAAGCCACAAACGAGUUCCCCAGAGAUAUGUCACAGCACUUCCGAUGCCUAGGAAUCUUCCUGAGGGGGUACAAUGUUUUUCACUGUGAUCAUUAUUUAACUAAUCCUCGCUCAUAUUGAAUGUUGUUUUCACCUAUUCUCUGCAUGCCAUACCAACGCAUUUCUCCAUGAUAUCUCUCUUCACCAACCUUAAUGCUGGCAAGCAAGAAAGACGAGAACGCGUGAUGGAAUGCCGGAGAGGUCAACCUUGUAGGCCCUUAGUUAUUUUUAGUUGAGGCCAUUGCUGUCAUUUUUGAGAAAGUAAAUAUUGUUUCUUGUAUAUUUUCAUGAAAGUCCAAGGAGAAUAGGAGUAUUCUAAGUAUCAUUUGAAAAAGAGCAAGAGGAUCAUCAGUAUGAAUGUCUUUUAACUUGUUACAUAAAUAGUGGAAUUUAGGUUGCCUAAAACGUGGAUAAUAUUUGUAUCUUUGCCUUUGUUGGGUCUCUGUCCCGGUCUUUUUCUUUUUCACUCUUUAAGGUUUAUUCUGUUAUCUGCUGGAAGUACAGCAGAACAGAAUCUUGCAGACCAGCAAUUAUUCAGCCAAUGAAAAUAUUUAUUGGCCGGUACAAGU